AUGGAAGUGCCGCCUGGUACAACAUCUUCAAACAAUGCUUCGAUGGGGCCACCAGGCAUGCCAAGUUUUCCACCAAUGCCUCCACCGCCAGGUUCGAUGGGUCCCGGCAACAUGCCGCCUCCACCGCCAGGUUCCAUGGGUCCCGGCAACAUGCCGCCUCCACCGCCAGGUUCGAUGGGUCCCGGCAGCAUGCCGCCUCCACCGAUGGGUCCUCCUGGCCCGAUGCCGCCGGUGAGUUCUUCCAGCGGACCUCCAAAUAUGCCUCCGGGUAUGGGUCCGCCACCUGGAAUGAUGGGCAUGGGACCACCGGGAAUGGGACCGCCACCACCUGGUAUGGGACCGCCAGCACCAUUGCCAUCGUUAUUGACAAUGAAGAUUGAUACUCCAGAAGAAUUCCGCAAUAAGCCUGCUCCAGCUAGUGGAGUUGUCUUACCAAAAGCCUUAGAGGAAGCGCUCGCUUAUAAAGAUCAAAGACAAGCAGCUUUGGGGGAUGAGGAACGAAAAGAGACUGAGCACAGCAACCCACCAGAGGCUCCUCCUGCUCCUGUAAUCAGCUCUGAAUAUGAUGCUGAAGAAGAUGGAGAUUCAGAUGAUGACAAUAUUCCAGAGGCUCCAUUACCCCCUGUAAUUUCAAAACAAGAGGGUCAAGCUAAUAAAGCUAGCAAAAAUAAACGCAAAAAGAAGAAAAGGAAGGCUGCACGUCAAAAAAGGAAUGAAAGUAAAAAAGUGGAUGAACAGAGGAAUGAAAAGCAAAGUGAUCCCAAGAAGUCUAGUAACAAAGAAAAUGAAAAAGAAGUUGAAAUUGAGUAUGUCCAGGAGAAUAUUCAAUUUCAUGAACUGGAGCCUAUGUAUCGUCAGUUUCAUCGUAUUUUAGAAGCAUUUAAAAUCACAGAAAAAAAGGAGGAUGUCAUCAAAGAAGAAGCUGGUAAAGAUGCACCAAAGACAAGUUCUAAGCCCCUAGAGAAGGUGCAGGAUCAAUUUGCUGCUGAUGAGGAAGCUGUAGAGAAACAUGCAGCCGAUGAAAAGGAGCGCCUCUCGAAACGCAAGCUCAAGAAGCUGUCACGUUUAUCUGUAGCGGAGCUCAAACAGUUGGUAUCGCGACCAGAUGUUGUCGAAAUGUACGAUGUAACUGCACGUGAUCCCAAGCUCCUUGUUCAGUUGAAAGCACACAGAAACACCGUGCAGGUCCCAAGGCAUUGGUGUUACAAGCGUAAGUACUUACAAGGAAAGAGAGGUAUAGAGAAACCUCCAUUCGACCUACCAGACUUUAUAAAGAAGACUGGCAUUAUGGAAAUGCGCGCUUCCCUUCAAGAUAAGGAGGAGACCAAGACCCUUAAGGCCAAGAUGCGCGAGCGCACUCGGCCGAAGUUGGGCAAGAUUGAUAUUGAUUAUCAGAAAUUGCACGAUGCUUUCUUUAAAUGGCAGACCAAACCACGUAUGACGAUACAUGGAGACUUGUACUAUGAGGGCAAGGAGUUUGAGACAAGGCUUCGCGAAAAGAAACCUGGCGAUCUGUCAGAAGAGCUAAGAACAGCUCUCGGGAUGCCAGUUGGUCCCGGCUCACACAAGGUGCCACCGCCGUGGCUAAUCGCCCAACAGCGUUACGGUCCACCGCCGUCCUAUCCUAAUCUGAAGAUCCCGGGACUUAAUGCGCCCAUCCCAGACGGAUGUGCUUUCGGCUAUCAUGCUGGUGGUUGGGGUAAACCGCCCGUCGAUGAGGCAGGCAAGCCGCUUUACGGUGAUGUCUUCGGGCACCAGAGCAGCGGACAGGAUGACAAUGAAGAUCAGGACAUAGAUCGCACUAUGUGGGGAGAAUUGGAAUCCGAGUCGGAAGAAGAAUCUGAAGAAGAGGAGUCCGGUUCGGAGGAGGAGGGCAGUGCGGCGGGGGCGGGGGCGGCGGUGGCGGGCGGCACGGCCACGCCGGGCGAGGGCCUGGUCACGCCGCUCGGCAUCAGCUCCGUGCCGCUCGGCGUCGAGACGCCCGACAUAAUCGAGCUGCGGAAGAAGAAGCUCGACAACGACGUCGAGGGUGGCGAUACACCAGCUCUUUACCAAGUACUGCCCGAGAGACGAGUUGGACUCACAUCGGGGAUGAUGGCAUCCACACACGUCUACGAUAUCAAUGCUGCAAAUCCUGGCAAGCGCACGGCGGGCGCGGCGGGCGCGGGCGCGGGCGCGGGCGAGGGCGACGGCGGCGUGGAGGUGGCGCUCGACCCGUCCGAGCUGGAGCUGGAGCCCGAGGCCGUGGCGGCGCGCUACGAGCGCCACCUGCGCGAGCAGCGCCCCCGCCACAAGGAGGACCUCUCCGACAUGCUUGCCGACCACGUCGCGCGCCAGAAGAACAAAAGAAAACGACAACAGACUACAGAUUCAAAACAGGCGAAGAAGUACAAGGAAUUCAAAUUCUAA